UUUACUUUCCAUCCAGGAACAAACUAUUUCAACACAUGUAUAGUAAAGUGCUUUACUUUCAGUCACGUAAAGGGAAAGAUCCAUCAUGCAAUAGCAGACCAUUUUGGGAUAGAUAAAGGACAACUCUACUUGACUCAUCCUACAUUUUUCUCAAGAAUUACAUCUGCUCCUCCUCAAACUAUUCAUGAUGAAUAUUGGCAUCCUCAUGUUGAUAAGGAGACCUAUGAGUCAUUCCACUACACUUCAUUAUUGUACCUUACUGAUUAUGGGCAGGAGUUUGAUGGAGGACGCUUUGUGUUCAUCGACAAGGAUUCCAACAAGACAGUGGAGCCCCGGAGAGGUCGGGUAUCUGCCUUCACCUCUGGCUCAGAAAACCUUCACUAUGUAGAGCAAGUUACACGUGGCACAAGGUAUGCUAUAACAGUCUCUUUCACUUGUGAUCCUAAACAUGCCAUUGAGGAUCCCAAACUUGAAAGAUAGCUGUAUUUCAGAAUUUUCUUGAUACUUUUAUUUUUUUUUCUGGUGUGCAAAUUGCAAAGUAGUGUGGGUGUUUUAAAUAUUUUUCCUUUGCUUAACAAAAAAUAUGGAUUCUUUAUAUAUUCCUUAUUUGUUUAUGUAUAAACAUAGUUUUAUAUAAUAUGAUAUAUGUUUUAGUUGUAGUGGAAAUUUCAUUAAGAAAUGUUUGAUUUAAUUUUAAAGGUUACCACCUUAUAAAUAAAUGUUAUUCAGUAUUUUCA